CCUCGUUAUGAUCUUUCCAAACACAAAACUUCAAACAUCAAUCAAAGCUUUACAGUCUCUUUUCCUUCUUUCUAUUUCUUAGAUUGAGUAGACAAAAUAUAACAAAAAGACAAAUGGAUGACAUAUCAGUGACCAAAAGCAAUCAUGGUAAUGUUGUUGUGCUCAACAUCCAAGAUUCUUCUGUUGCAGACACUUCUAACCAAAAUGAAUCAUCGUUCUCGCCAUUGAUUUCUGUCCAUUUCUUGCAAAAGCUUAUAACAGAACUCGUGGGAACUUAUUACCUGAUAUUUGCGGGUUGUGCCGCUAUUGCUGUGAAUGCUCAACACCACAAUGUUGUGACUCUUGUGGGCAUUGCAGUGGUUUGGGGUAUAGUGAUUAUGGUUCUUGUUUACUGUCUCGGCCACAUCUCUGCACAUUUCAAUCCCGCUGUCACUCUUGCCUUAGCAUCUUCCAAAAGAUUCCCUCUGUAUCAAGUCCCGGCCUACAUAACUGUUCAAGUCAUCGGAUCAACCUUGGCCUCAGCGACUCUCCGUCUUCUAUUUAAUCUGAACAACGAUGUGUGCAGCAAGAAACAUGAUGUCUUCCUCGGCUCAUCUCCCUCUGGGUCUGAUCUCCAAGCAUUCGUGAUGGAGUUCAUCAUUACCGGCUUCCUCAUGUUAGUCGUCUGUGCAGUCACAACCUCCAAGAGAACAACUAGUGAACUAGAGGGGUUAAUCAUUGGGGCAGCCGUCACACUGAAUGUGAUCUUUGCCGGAGAGGUAUCAGGAGCAUCGAUGAAUCCAGCAAGAAGCAUAGGGCCUGCACUAGUGUGGGGAUGUUACAAAGGAAUCUGGAUAUACAUGCUGGCUCCAACACUUGGUGCUGUCUCUGGGGCCUUGAUUCAUACAAUGUUACCGUCUAUACAGAACGCAGAGCCUGAGUUCUCCAAGACAGGGUCUUCUCAUAAACGAGUUACAGAUCUUCCUCUGUGAUGAUGUAGAUAAAUCUUUAAGGUCAAUCCUCAUUCUUGUAUCUUCAAACCUGUUGUUCACUGCUCCUCAUUCUCAUUGUAAACUAAUCAUUAUCAACACAAAAUGGUUGUAAAGUAUAUACCUUUAAUGUGUAUACACUGUAAAUACAAUGAGACGUUUGUAUCA